CACCCCACCAGUCAGCCUCUCUUCGCCUUUGAGUGGAGAGAUCCAGAGAUGGGAAUCUCAGGACAAUUGACCUGGACCAGACUCCCACAGGGUUUCAAAAACAGUCCCACCCUGUUUGAUGAGGCACUGCACAGAGACCUAGCAGACUUCCAGAUCCAGCACCCAGACUUGAUCCUGCUACAGUACGUGGAUGACUUACUGCUGGCCGCCACUUCUGAGCUAGACUGCCAACAAGGUACUCGGGCCCUGUUACAAACCCUAGGGAACCUCGGGUAUCGGGCCUCGGCCAAGAAAGCCCAAAUUUGCCAGAAACAGGUCAAGUAUCUGGGGUAUCUUCUAAAAGAGGGUCAGAGAUGGCUGACUGAGGCCAGAAAAGAGACUGUGAUGGGGCAGCCUACUCCGAAGACCCCUCGACAACUAAGGGAGUUCCUAGGGACGGCAGGCUUCUGUCGCCUCUGGAUCCCUGGGUUUGCAGAAAUGGCAGCCCCCUUGUACCCUCUCACCAAAACGGGGACUCUGUUUAAUUGGGGCCCAGACCAGCAAAAGGCCUAUCAAGAAAUCAAACAGGCUCUUCUAACUGCCCCAGCCCUGAGAUUGCCAGAUUUGACUAAGCCCUUUGAACUCUUUGUCGACGAGAAGCAGGGCUACGCCAAAGGCGUCCUAACGCAAAAACUGGGACCUUGGCGUCGGCCGGUGGUCUACCUGUCCAAAAAGCUAGACCCAGUGGCAGCUGGGUGGCCCCCUUGCCUACGGAUGGUAGCAGCCAUUGCCGUUCUGACAAAAGAUGCAGGCAAGCUAACCAUGGGACAGCCGCUAGUCAUCCUGGCCCCCCAUGCAGUAGAGGCACUAGUCAAGCAACCCCCUGACCGCUGGCUAUCCAACGCCCGCAUGACCCACUAUCAGGCGAUGCUCCUAGAUACGGACCGGGUCCAGUUCGGACCGGUGGUAGCCCUAAACCCGGCUACGUUGCUCCCCCUACCGGGGAAAGAGCCUCACCAUGACUGCCUCGAGAUCUUGGCCGAGACACACGGAACCAGACCAGACCUCACGGACCAGCCCCUCCCAGACGCCGACCACACCUGGUAUACAGAUGGAAGCAGCUUCCUGCAAGAGGGACAACGUAGGGCUGGAGCAGCGGUGACCACCGAGACCGAGGUAAUCUGGGCCAAGGCGUUGCCAGCCGGGACAUCCGCCCAGCGAGCUGAACUAAUAGCACUCACCCAGGCCCUAAAGAUGGCAGAAGGUAAGAAGCUAAAUGUUUAUACUGAUAGCCGCUAUGCCUUUGCUACCGCCCAUGUCCAUGGAAAAAUAUAUAGGAGACGUGGGUUGCUCACCUCAGAAGGCAAGGAGAUCAAGAACAAGGGCGAAAUCUUGGCCUUACUGAAAGCUCUCUUUCUGCCCAAAAGACUCAGUAUAAUUCACUGCCCAGGACAUCAGAAAGGCAAUAGUGCUGAAGCUAAAGGCAACCGAAUGGCGGACCAGGCAGCCCGGGAAGCAGCCAUGGGGACUGACACAAAGGCCUCCUCACUUCUCAUAGAGACCUCAACCCCGUACACUCCAGACUUCUUCCAUUAUACUGAGACAGAUAUAAAGAACCUACAAGAGUUGGGAGCCACAUAUGAUAGAGAGAAAAAAUAUUGGGUCCUGCAAGGUAAACCUGUGAUGCCUGACCAGUUCACCUUUGAAUUAUUAGACUUCCUUCACCAGCUCACCCACCUUAGCUAUCAGAAGAUGAGGGCACUUCUAGACAGGAAAGAAAGCCCCUAUUACAUGCUAAAUAAAGAUAAGAUCCUCCACGAGGUGGCGGAAUCAUGCCAAGCCUGUGUCCAAGUAAAUGCCAGUAAGACUAAGAUCAGGGCCGGAACACGAGUAAGAGGACAUCGACCAGGCACCCAUUGGAAAAUUGACUUUACUGAAGUAAAGCCCGGACUGUAUGGGUACAAGUAUCUCCUGGUAUUCGUGGACACGUUCUCUGGCUGGGUUGAAGCCUUCCCAACCAAACAUGAAACUGCCAAAAUAGUGACCAAGAAACUUCUGGAAAAAAUAUUUCCAAGGUUUAGAAUGCCCCAAGUGUUGGGGACUGAUAAUGGGCCUGCCUUCGUCUCCCAGCUCACUUACAGGCCCUCCAAGCAGUACAACGAGAGGUCUGGAAGCCACUGGCCGCUGCCUAUCAGGACCAGCUGGACCAGCCAGUGAUACCACACCCCUUCCGUGUCGGCGACACCGUGUGGGUACGCCGGCACCAGACUAAGAACUUGGAACCUCGCU